UGCCGGUUCCCCCCAAGAGACUGCUUUGGAAACCUAGAGGGGGUGGUGCUAAACAGCCCAGAGCAGAGACUUCAACUUAAUCUAGCUUCAGCUCACUUCAUCCCACCGAUAGUGCCAGAUACAACCUUGGGGGAGAAUGCUUUUGCUUGCCUAGGUGCAGGCACACCCGUUUUAAGAGGCAGGUGUUGGCUCCUUGGCUGGGCUUGGCCCAGACAGUGCCCCCCAUUCAGCUUGGCUCCCAUCGGCGCUCGUGGCAACCAGAGUUCCACGUUCUCUCCCUCUCUCUCCCCUGCAGCCGAGGGAGCCUCGAGGGGAGUGUCUCUGAGCCAUGAUGUCACCCUGCCCAUGGAAUGCCCUGGGCACUGUGCUGCUGGUUCUGGUGCAGGGCUGGGCGCUGUCCGUGAGUCAGGAGUACGACUACUACAGCUGGCAAUCCGACAACUUCCAGCAUGGACGCUUCUACACUAAGCAGCCCCAGUGCGUGGACAUCCCGGCCGACCUGCAGCUCUGCCACAAUGUGGGCUACAAGCGCAUGCGUCUCCCUAACCUGCUGGAGCACGAAUCCAUGCCAGAGGUAAAGCAGCAAGCCAGCAGCUGGGUGCCCCUGCUGGCCAAGCGGUGCCAUUCCGACACACAGCUUUUCCUGUGCUCCCUCUUUGCACCUGUCUGCCUGGACCGGCCCAUCUACCCAUGCCGAUCGCUGUGCGAGGUGGUGCGCGACUCGUGCGCUCCUGUCAUGGAAUCCUACGGCUUCCCUUGGCCUGACAUGCUCAACUGCAACAAGUUUCCCUUCGACAACGACCUGUGCAUCGCUGUGCAGUUUGGAAACAGCCAGGCAACUCAGCCACCAGUGUCAAAGAUCUGCACCCAAUGUGAGAUGGAGCACAAGGCAGAUGGCAUCAUGGAACAAAUGUGUUCUAGUGACUUUGUGGUGAAGAUGCGCAUCAAGGAGAUCAAGAAAGAGAAUGGGGAGAGGCGAUUGGUGGCUGCACAGAAGAAGAAGAAGCUGCUCAAAGUGGGGCCGUUGAAGCGCAAGGACACCAAGAAGCUGGUGCUGCACAUGAAGAACGCAGGUGCCUGCCCCUGCCCCCAGCUUGAUGACCUCAGCGGCAGCUUUCUGGUGAUGGGGCGAAAGGUGGGUGGGCGGUUGCUAGUCCUGGCCAUUUACCGCUGGGAGAAGAAGAAUAAGGAGAUGAAAUUUGCUGUCAAAUUCAUGUUCUCCUACCCUUGUUCCAUGCACUACCCCUUCUUCUAUGGGGCAGACCCCCACUGAAUCCCCACUCAUUCCAAGAACCCUGCUCACUCUUCUUCACAGCACUCCCCACACUUUUUGGUUCCCCACUCCUAGUCCACAGAAUACCCUUUUUUCUAUGGGCUGACCGACACAAAGCCACAUACUGUUGGGAACCCAUCCCUGCAACAGGACUCUUUCUUCUAAAGCACAAACUCCAUUAGAACCAGCUCCGUUAAGUUCCAGAUCAGAGUUCUGCCCAUCUUGGAUGCUUUGGAGAACAUGCAGAAAUCCACCUCAUUCCCAACACACCUUCACCAGAAGAAUAAGUCUUAGCCCCUGCAAGCAAACAUCUCUUAUCAAUCCCAGUAUACCCAAGAUCCAAUAGAGGCUGAAUCACACAGAAUUUUAGUUGCAACCUUUCGUGGAACAUUGAAGGAAAAUCCCAGGCCAUUCUUAAUUCCUACUAGUGAGAAGCCAAAGAUUUUGAAACAUUAUGAGCAGGGCGACCAAUGCUUUCCAAUUGCAACCCUUCAUUUUCAUAGUGCAUUGAACGACUUAGCCCACUAGAUAUUGUCAGACUCCAAAUCCCACAUCCCCAGCUAGCAAACCUAAUGGGCAGGGAUGAUGAGUGCUGUGGUCCAGCAACAUCUGGAGAGUCUAGGGUCCCCAUCCCAUCCCUGACCUAGUAGGAGUUGGCCAGGCGCAGUAUGAAGCUCUAAACAUCUCAGACUGCCAGACACCAGAUGCGUUGUACAAGCUACAAUGUCCCAACUACAUAAUACUUCACUGAACUGACAAUCCCCAGUUCUGGCCUCCUCUCCUAGGUUCUGCAUAGCAAAUUCUCAAGCCAUGUAGAGCAGGCAUCCCCAAACUUUGGCCCUCCAGAUGUUUUGGACUACAAUUCCCAUCAUCCCUGACCACUGGUCCUGUUAGCUAGGGAUUAUGGGAGUUGUAGGCCAAAACAUCUGGAGGGCCGCAGUUUGGGGGUACCUGAUGUAGAACCUUAAGCAGACACUAAGCAAGGUCUCCCUAGAAGGCUCCCCCAAUUUCCAGCUCUCAUGGCCAUUGGCUACUACUCUGGCUGGGGCUGAUGAGAGUUGUUGUCCAAGUUGCAGGAGGCUGCUGGUCUGUUAUAUGAAUAUGAUGCUUGAAGGCAGGUGACACCCCUCAACUGAAAAGUCCAGCAGUUAUUCCGUCAUGACAUGGUCAUUAUUGCAUCGGCAUCUUUUGAGGCAGAGAUCUGUACAGCAUCCUUAAACAUUGUGGGGCAGAUCCACCCCAGAGAUUUUGAACAUAUUCAACACACAUCCAAAGCACAAAACUUCCUCUUUCCCCCCCCCAAAAAAAAAUUCCUGGGAACUGUAUUUUGUUAAGGGGACUGGGAAUUGUAGCUGUAUGAGGGUGAAACAAUGAUUCUCAUGAUUAUUCGGGGAGGUCAUGUGCUUUAAACGUGCACUGAAUGUGCUUUGAAUGUAUGGUGGGGAUCUGCAUGUGGCAAUACCAAGCAAGGUAUGAGGCAUUCACUCUGCCUGAGGCAUUCAUGGUCCCUUACAGAGUAAUAGACAUCAAGCGGUCUAUAGGUUUAAUUGUUCAAGACCACUUGUAAUUGGGGAUGGACGGACCACUUUGCUAUAUGAAGCCGUUUAUGUGAAGUUUCACUGAAAAAUAUGCCCAUCACCAAUUCCGUCUCCUUCCCCUCUCCAUGUUGACUUGCCUAUGUGGCUUGUAGAAAUAUAAUGACUAUACCAAGUAGGUUAGUGCCCCAACCCUGGAGGAGCACAUCGGACCCGUGCGUGCACCAGUGAGGAACCAAAGCACCAACUGGGCCUGCCAGGUGGCUGUGUCCACCACACAGGAUGCCAGACCACCAACUGAGCCUGCCCGACAGAUGGCAAACACAGGGCGAAUGUGUCUCCCUGGGGCCCUUCCAUCUGGCAGUUUUCCAGACUCCUGAAUGGUCAAGACCAGCUGGCAAGUUAAUCCUGGAGCGAAUAUUUAUAGCAUCAGCACUGCCAGUUUCACCGCUCCCCACACCAGCUGUGGGGUGGGGGGGGCUGCCCAACACAAAGCAAGCUGUAGGAACUGAGCCUGGCUCCCACACACAGAGGGGUUUUUCACAGGGGCUCAUUCCCAGCCAAAGUUUGCUGAGGAAGAGAGGGUGGUAAGCUGAGGAGCUCUUGAAAGAACCUCUCUUCCACUCAGGGAAUCCUCCGCCCUUGGAUUUUCCAGAUGCAAAUCAUACAGCAUGUCACACACACACACACACACACACACACACACACACACAACUUACUAUUGAGUUCAUGGUUUUUGGCCACAACUGCGUGUCGUGACUCACUUUUCCCUGCACACUACUGAGAGGAUGUUGUUGAAGAUUCAACCACCAGUUCAAUCGGUUUUUGUACACUGAAGUGGUGGUGGUCUGGUGUUGCCAUCUUGUCCUUUGCCUCAAACCGCUAAGUGUCUUUGGCUAGCCUUGCCUUUUGUCGCGGCAAACUUGCCAUCCCGCUGGAGGAUGCUGAGGGAAAACGACUGGGCUGGUAACUUCUCACAGACCGUCCCCUCAAAAAUGUGAGCUAUUUUGUUCCCACUAGGACUUCAAUCAAUCCCCUUCAGGUUGUGAACUGGGAUAUAUUUACAAGCUAGGCCAUUCCCCACUGUUCUUACAUUUUUAUUUAUAUGGCCUGCACAUCACUUGGGCACUGACAGAUUCUCAUGGCACCUGACAGCUUCAGAGCCAUCAUUGCUUGACUUCAGGGGAAGAAUGCAAACACCGCUAGCUCCGUAAAUACUACUCUUCUGUGACUUACGAAAGGAACACUUUCCACUUCUUUGCAUCAGAUCACAGAGAGGGAUUAACAGUGCAUUUACUUUUGUCCAAGAAUUCCGUGCUACAUCCAAUUAGCAAAUUAGGUAGAAAAUAAAGUGCCCACCUGAUCAACAUAUACAUGGGACUAGUCCUCAAGGCCUUAGCAACCUGAAACAUUUCUUUACUGGCCCAGGUCCACUGAGUAGAAGCAUCCCUAGUUUGGUGUUACUCAAGAGUUGCGUUUGUUCAUGGAGCACAGCCUUUUAUUAAAAAUACCAUACCUGGGGAUGCGGUCAUCUGCAUUCAAUUUCCUUCACUGAAAAUGCCAUUUUAAGCUAUUAAAUUUGGCCCAUUUUUUUUUAAAGAAAACAGGUCUGCCAUCUUCUAUCCUGUCCAAUAUCCACUCUAAUAAAUCCCAUAGAACUUGUCCUGACCACCAUCUUGCCUGCUUGGUUUUGCCACCAUAUAGCUUAAAUUUUCAUUGACCCUUGUUUCAUCUCGGGGACAUGCAUGCAGAACUUAAGACAGCUCUUGCUCUUGCUGUCAUUCAGGAUAUUUUCAUUAUUUUUAUACAUUUCAAGUCUUUCAUUUAAAGUGUUCCAACUUCAUUUCAUGAGGUGAUUUAUUUAUUUUUAUGAAUCUUUCACAAAAUGAAGCUGGAGCACUCAUGUUGUAGCAUCUGCAUAGCAUUUCCAGCUCAGCCAAGUAUUCAUAAAAUAUUUAUUUUCUGCUUAUGGCAGAUCCAAAUUCAAAAUUAAUUCCCAUUGAUAUCAUAACUAACUUGCCCCAUUGAUUUCAGCGGGAACUAGGUCUGGCCCAGCCUCAAUGUUUUGAGUCAUAUGCUGUAUUCAUGCUGCAUUUAUUUCAUGUCAAGGUCUUCAGGGACACUGAAUUCUGGCAUCAUUGUUGUGUUUAGAGUACUGCCAUUAUCAUUCUGGUAACGGCAGGCUUUAAUCAUGAAUGUAGCACUCCAUUUUCAGUUCCCCUGAAAAUCAAUGAGAAAGCUAAGCAAGUUCUUCUGCCUCAAAUUUGCUUGCAAAAGCCAACUUAUACAUUCCGCUCAUUUGACUUUUAUCUCAACAUUAUUAUUUAUGGAAACUUGUGGAUUUCUUAAAAAGGCACUGGGUUUAUCAAAUUAAUAUUAAUUUUAUUCAGAAGCAUCCUUCAUAAUUUAAUUUGAAACAACACUUCCUUUUGAUGCAGAAAUACUAAUAAGGCACAGGAAAUUACCUGCAACUUUAGCGUCUGAUUUCAUUGCAGCACUAAAGUCCCCUCUUCACAUCCCUCACUCCCAUGUCCAUACAGGCCCUGUUAAGAGUUCCCCCACAGCAGCACAGUGGUUCUUGGGUCUAGCUUGCAGCACUGCCACAUCCUUACAUCUGCGAUCACACAGCAAUAAAUAGAACAAAAGCUUUUGCAUUAUCUUAGCGGGAGAGUCUGCCAAGAUCUCUCAAUAUACCGGAAGCUGCCUAUUGAGCCACAACCGCUGCACUCUUUAUCAUAUGCUCAGUUCUGUAUGAAAACCGCCAUCUAGUGAAGCUUAAAAUGUCACACUGCGCUAACAAUACAGGAAAUUUUAAGAAAUACUGUUUAUUGAGCGAGUAUUGGGAGUACCAUCUCCACAAUGUUAUAUUUUGGACCCGAGUUGGGUUUUUUUGUACUGUUUAAAGAACUAUUUCAGCUGUUUUUACUGUAUGUCUGUGAGCUGCUUUGAGAGACAUGUUAACAAGCAAUUUAUAAAGUUAAUAAUACAGCUGCACCAGGUCGGCUAAUUGCUCCUGAAGAAUCAUCCUGCUCAGGCUGAAGACCAAGUUCCACCAGUUGCAGGAGGGUGGCUUCUCAAUUGUGCAAGAGCCAACGAGCUGUUAGCAUCCUGCCAUGUGGCGCUUUGUCCUCUUGCACAUUACCAACCUUAUGAUGGGGAGGUGGCAGCCGCAUGCUAUGACCAGGCAACAUGGAGGACCAGCUCUCCGUGCGGUUGCACUUUGAAACUCUACAAGGAGCCGCCGUACCAAAAUAUAAAAUAAAACAAGUCAUCUCAAUCCGUGUUAUACCUGUGUAAAAUGCCGCCGAUAUCUGGCCUUUGGGAGUAAGCUAUAGAAUCUCAAGCCUUGCUGUAAGUACCAGAAGGGAACCGAGGAGGAUGCGAUUCUAAACACAAGGAACAUUGUGUGAACUUUAGCUAACAAGGAAGCCUUGUUCUUUCUUUCUAUAAUCCUUUCUCCUCACUCAUUGUACCCAUGACAGAACCUGACCUUCUCCCUAAGGUUAUUUCCAAGAGCAGCGACUGUGUUCGUUUGCCAAGGAUGGUUUAUUUCAUACUAGAAUUCAAAUAAAUCACCAGUGACAUUUCAGCCCCAGAUUUAAGCACCAGCAAGCUGUGACAUGGCACUGAGGAGUCUGUCCAUGCUUUUUCCUGCUAAGAUGGUUGAGGGGAAAGCAGAGGCUACACCACAACUCAAUAUUCAAAACCAUCCACAAGAGAAUGUUGUUUUAACCUCCCUUUACAGAUUACCUUAAAGAAGCACCAUAUUUCCCUACACCUGCUCUACUUACACAUACAACCAACCAGCAAGCAGUACAGAG